AUGACAUACACAGUGUUGGGAUUGCUUGUACUACCUCAGACAGUGUGCAAGAUUCCUACAGUUGUUGAGCCUGAUCCUAUUCUUCACAAGUAUUAUCAGUCAGGAGAUCUCACCAUUGCUGGCAUAAUUUCUCAGAUCUAUAUUAUUUAUGACCUGAUAACCUUCAGAAGACAUCCCUAUCAGAAUCUGAUUGAUGACUUCAUGUUGCUAACACAGAACUACCAGCACAUCCUGGCCUUGGCAUUUGCAGUGAAGGAAAUCAAUGAAAUCCCUCAAAUCUUGCCAAACAUCACCUUGGGUUUUGACAGUUCUAACAACUGUUUUAUUCCACGAUUCACAUAUCAAGCCUCAUUGGAAUUUCUCUCCACACCGGGCAAGUUCAUCCCUAACUACAAAUGUGAUGUCUGGAACAAUCUGGUAGCAGUCAUUGGGGGACCUAGUUCUGACAUCAGUCUCCAUAUGGCAGCCAUCCUAGACAUCUACAAGAUUCCACAGCUCAUAUAUAGUUAUGCUGCAGAGACAAAUAAGGAAACACAAGCUGAUUUCUUCCACUGGAUGUUUCCAAAUGGAGUCCAUCAGUAUACGGGCAUUCUCCAGUUAUUGCUACAUUUCAGAUGGACCUGGAUUGGUGUUAUAUAUCUUGAUGUUGACAGUUCAAAGAUGUUUGUACAGAAUGUGCUUCCCAUGUUUUCUCAGAAUGGUAUCUGUUUUGACUACAUAGAAAACUUACCAGGUACCGUGUUUUUAAGCCAAAUGACAAAAAUAAUAAAGAAGGCUCUUGAGACAAUGAGUGUUGCAAUGAAAAGUACAGCCAAUGCAGUGAUCUUUCAUGAUGAAUUUCAGACCAUAAUAACCCUAAGAAACUUGUUUGAGCUUUCACAAUUCGAGGGUGAGCCAGUAAAGACAAAAGUCUGGAUUAUGGCAUCAGAUGUGGAUUUUGCAUCACUCCCCUUUCAAAGAGGUUGGGAUAUUUAUCCCAUCCAUGGCUCUAUAUCGUUGGCAAUACAUUCCAGAGAGGUACCAGGAUUCCAGAAGUUUCUUCAGAUAAGGAACCCAACUUUGGACAAAGAAGAUGGCUUCCUGGGGGACUUCUGGGAACAGGCAUUUAAUUGCAACCUGCCCACCUCUGCCCUAGACAAGAUGAGUGGGGAAAUCUGCACUGGGGAGGAGAAGCUGGAGUCUCUUCCUCAGACUGUUUUUGAAAUGAGCAUGACAGCCCACAGCUACAGCAUCUACAAUGCCAUCAAUGCCGUCGCAUACGCAUUGCAUGCCAUGCAGUCUUCCAAAUCGAAAGAUAGAGCAAUGAUAAAUAAAGGGACCUGGAAGUUUUUGAAUCUGAAACCAUGGCAGCUCCUUCACUUUCUGAAAGGUCUUUCAUUUAAUAAUAGUGCUGGGGAAAUUGUUUCCUUUGACCACAAUGGGGAAUUACUAGCUGGAUUUGAUAUUAUCAACUGGGUCACAUUCCCAAACCAGUCCUUCAGCAGAGCCAAAGUUGGAAGGAUAGAACCACAGGCAACCCCAGGGAAACAGUUCAUCAUUUCUGAAGAUGCCUUCACAUGGCCCAGAAGGUUCAACCAGGCACUGCCCCUUUCUGUAUGUAGUGACAAUUGCCACUCAGGAUAUACAAAGAAAAAGAAGGAAGGGAAGCCAUUUUGCUGCUUUGAUUGCCUUCCAUGUCCGGAAGGGAAGAUAUCAAACCAAAAGGAUAUGGAUGGAUGCAUUCAAUGCCCAGUGGGACGCUAUCCAAAUGGAAACAAGGCUUUAUGCAUUCCGAAAUCUAUAAGCUUCUUGUCUUAUGAAGAACCACUGGGGAUAAGUUUGGCCAUUUCUGCCCUGUUCCUCUCUCUCGUUACAGCUUUGGUGCUAGGAACCUUCAUGAAGUACCACGAUACACCCAUCAUCAAAGCAAACAACCGAAAUCUCUCCUACGUCCUUCUCAUCUCCCUCCUGCUCUCCUUCCUUUGUAUUUUGCUUUUCAUUGGACGGCCUGAUAAGCUGACAUGUCUUCUUCGACAAACUGCUUUUGGCAUCAUGUUCUCGGUGGCCGUUUCUUGCAUGUUGGCCAAAACCAUCACUGUGGUUCUAGCUUUCAUGGCCACCAAGCCAGGAUCUAUGAUGAGGAAAUGGAUGGGGAAAAGAGUGACCACCUCCAUUGUUCUUUCUUGCUCCCUAAUUCAAGCCAUUAUUUGUACUGUGUGGCUGGCAACCUCUCCGCCAUUCCCAGAUUUUGAUAUGGAUUCAUUAAUUUCUGAAAUCAUUGUGGAAUGUAAUGAAGGAUCAAUUGCAAUGUUUUAUAGUGUCUUGGGAUUUAUGGGAUUCCUAGCUCUUGUCAGUUUUGCUGUGGCUUUUUCAGCCAGGAAGUUACCAGACAGUUUCCAAGAAACCAAGUCUAUCACUUUCAGCAUGUUGUUGUUUUGCAGUGUCUGGUUGUCCUUUGUUCCAACCUAUCUUAGCACCAAAGGAAAAUACAUGGUGGCUGUGGAGGUCUUCUCCAUCUUGGCCUCCAGUGCCGGGUUACUGAGUUUCAUCUUUUUCCCCAAAUGCUAUAUCAUUUUGGUGAGGCCUGCUCUGAACAAAAGGGAGCAUCUAAUAAAGAGAAUAUAUUAA